CUGCCUCCUGCUUGCAGUACCUCCUCCCCGCCGGAGGCGGCGCUGCAGCAGUGUGUGGCGGAAGUGCUUUCUGUGGAAUAAUCAGCGUACAACAACAAUAACAGAAGCAGAGUGACGCUCUACAAGCUGAAAACCCGACAGAAACCGGAUAAAAGCCGGAUAAAUGCCCCUCUGACCGGGCAGCUGUGCUCGCCCUGGACGUUUUGGCGAACUGGCUGCACUUUAAAUCCGCCCUGUGGAGCUCCGAGCACGCGGGUUAAGGACUCUGCUCCGACAUGCUGUCGUUGUUUUGACCCGCGAGCUUGACGUUAGCUUGUUUACAGUCGCCAGGUUCCCCCUGUCCGGUCGUCCGGUCCCCCCUCUUCGGUCCCCGGUUCAUGUCCCAGCUGCCCGGUACCCCCAGCCGCCAUGGAGAGCUUGUACAAGCGGAAGAUGUUCGCCUCGAUGAGGAAAACCAAGGUGGACGCCUCCAAGAAGCGCCAGAUCGGCCUGCCCGCCUCCAUCCUGGACGACAGUGACGAAGGCUCCUUCUCCUCCUCGUCCUCCUCCGGAUCCCAGUCCGACUUCCAGAGCUCCCGGGAGGAGGACAGCGAGCAGGAGGACCGGGAGCGGAGCGAGUCCGGGGCCAGCUCCAGCGACGACAGCCGCUCGGUCAGCCGCAGGAAGCGCUCGUUCCUGGGGGGCGACGACAGCUCCUCCUCGUCCAGCGCGGAGGACGACGACGACGACGACGAUGAUGAUGAUGAGGAGUACGUGGAGGAGCAGAAGAAGAAGAAGGGCAAGAGUCAGACCAAGAAGACGGUGCAGCCUCGGAAGCGGAGCAGGCUGCAGCGGCAGGACGAGUCGGACUCGGACCACCAGGAGGAGAAGCGGAUGGAGGAGGCGGAGAAGGUGAAGAGGAGGCAGAGACACAACAAGCUGCUGGCCCUGUCCCGGAGGAUGAAGGCCCGGGUCCCCAACCGGAGGAGGAGCCGCCUGAAGCAGCCUGCAGAUGAAGAGGAAGAGUCUAAAGAUGGUGAAGAUGAGAAGAAGGCCAGUGGAGACGAGGACGACAAUGCUGACUCCAGGAAAGAGGCUGACGGAGGAGAGAAAGACGAGCACAAGGACAACAAAGAGGAGGAGGAAGAGGAGGAGAAGGAGUGAAGCCAGACUAUCAGCUCUGAGGAUGGGUUCCAAGUGUCCGUGCAGUGUUGAAGAUCUUUGGUGGUUUAAUCUUUUUUGCUGUGGAGAAAGAACGUGGACGGCCUCGGAAAUCUGACAUUUGACUCAUUCUGACUGACCCGGUCAGUCGGUUUAACCGUCACAAAUAAGGUUUAGUCGUUUCAGGAAAGGUUCGGGUGAAUCCAGCUCAAAACGUACGACCACAACAAGCAAGGAAAAACCUUCACACCCGCGCUUCCCGUCGAUAACAUCAGUCCUGUCAGCGUCAGACCUCCUUCAUCUUCACCCAACGAACUGCCGCUGGAUCUUUUUACACCUUCUCCGGUUUGUGGGGACAUUUCAGACACAAGCAUUCUGAUGUGAAACACUACGACAGUCACCUGGCUGAACCUUGUUUGUGAUCACAGUGUGUAAAAACUGGCUUUUUUUGUUGUAGUUGUUGCUUGGGGACAGAGGCAGUCCCAGAGAGUCUCUGAGCUCAGCUGAAAGCCGUUUCGGAGCUGCAGAGUUGGUUCUUCGGUGGAUCCGGUUCCACUGAAGCGUGCUGAAUGUAAAACCCUGCUUAAGGUUUGAAACCAGGGGAUUCUGGGUCCUGCAGUAUUUCCAGACUUUUUCUACACCCGGUGACAGUCCUGAGGAUGCUUUAUCUCAUACUUUGAGUCGAACAGAAGUUCAGUCAGUCUUUUUUUAACGGCUGUGAGUGUGUGUGUGCGCGUGUGUGUGUGUGUGUGUGUGUGUGUGUGUGUGUGUGUGUGAAACAGUGUUCAACGGAAGGUUUUCUCCUACAGAAGCAAUGCUCUUGUCUUUUUAAAUUUUUCGUCUUCCUGUGAGAACAGACAUCUGUGGCUAUAACAUCUUACUCAUUUAGAAACUAUAGGGGUGUGAAACCCGUGGCCCGGGGUGCUGUGACCUUACGUGUUGAUCAGAGUGUUUCGGUGGCUCAGCUCACCUCAUCGGCUUCAGAGCCACAUGCUAAAGCUUCAACAUGUUUGUAGUAGUUUUCUUUAAAAAGUUAAACUUUUUUAUUUUAACUGACUUUAAACUUUUAACUGGUCAAAAUGUAAUAAUGAAGCCAAAAGCAAACAAGUGUUGAUCGCACAUGUAUGUUUUCCUGCUCCCACUCCGCCAGAGUCACAUGUGUUUGACUCCCGUCCCAGAACCCUCUGAGAGGAACUUCCACAUCUCCUUGAGUAUCCUGCAUCGAUAAGAACAGCCUGAACUGUCGCUUCACUUCAAUCCUUGUUUGAUCGUUCUUGGCCUGUCAGGACAUGAAAAAGUUGAAUUUUAUGAAACGUUAAAUGGAGAUCUACUUGCCACACGUAGAGUUCAGCCACAGGUCGAACUGAGACUCCGCUUCAUGCCUGAGCUUCACCAACGGAGACGCCAGAACCUUCUAGAGGGACAGAUCUUCGGCCCGGGUCCAGGAACCAGGAUGUAAACGUAGAUCAGAGGGAUUGUGGGAGCAGAUCUACAGACGAUCCGCCUUCUGGAGAACAUCCAGAGCUCAGACGAUGAACCGGUCGGUUUGUGGAAGAACAUUUUGAUCAGGAGACUUCGUGAUACGUGAGAACUUGAAAAUGAAGAACUUGGCCUGAUUUUUUUUUUUUUUUUUUGGGUGGCUUCAGGAAAAAUCUGAAGCCUGAACAGUCGUUCUUCCAUGAUGUGCUCUGUUAAACAGUCGCUAGGUUUAUGGAGGAAAGUGACCCGAGAGAAAUCACCAUCAUUUCUGUGUGGGAGAGAAUUAGUCCUGGACGUUUCUUUACUUUUUGAAUUCAUAUCUUCCUCUGAAUCAGUGACAGUGGCUCAUUCAUGUGACUCAAUGAGACGAAAAUAUCGGUUCUCCUCCGUUUCUUUAUUCUUCCUCUUCUGUCCUCUCUGCAGCUGAGGAAGCAAUGCUUGACGAAGUCUGAGUGCAAAAGAGACGAGAACUGGACGUGGUUCGAUCUGCCAGUUUAAGAACCUGCAGCAGGUCCAGGAACCUCGGUUUGGAAAGAGGAUUCAAAGGAAAAACGCUUGCAGACCAGUUUUGGAAGCUUGCAUCUGUUUAAAUCUCUGGUUGGUUUCACAUCUUUAAUGUUAAGAACGUAGAGAUGUGUAUUAGAUUUUAUUUGCUUGUUUGGUAAAAUCUCCCUCUCCUGUCACUUUACUGUGAUCAUUCUGUUUAUUUCUUUAUUUUAAAUUGACCUUCAAGUGCUUUGGUGUGACUGUUUUAAUUGAUGCUUUAUGAAUGAAACAGAAUUGAACAUAUUAAAGUAUAUAAUAUAUAUUUAGACUGAAGCAGUCACUACAGACCAAUUGAGUCUUUCUUCAGAUCGAGACGAAUUUCACAUUUAUGGAUUUUUUUUUUGUCAGUUCGACUUCACAAACGUACAAAUAUUAGCAUGCAUUUAAAACAAAGGUCUUUUUUUUGUGGUUAAACCAUUUUGACGACUGUGUACGUCUUUUGAAAGCAUUCAUAUUUGGAGGGGUUUACAUCUCCGGGUCCUUCUGGCUCAGUGCUUAUUGACCGUUAAUAUGAAACCAACAUGAACAAACCUGAUGCUGAGUUUUUCUUUGUUCCUGUUUCCAGACCCUGUUCAUCCUUAAUAAUCUUGUCGUUUUCCUUUUUUCCUCUGCUCUCUGUGGCUGUAUAAAACAAGAAAAAAAGCUCCUCAGACCAACCUGCUGUGUUUAAAACACAUUUUCUUAAUAAAGUUUGUUUUUGAGCAGCA